CUCCCCCCGUGCCCGGCCGGCGGCGGCGCCCGCCCCAUGCGCCGCUGCUGCCCGGCGCUCUGCAUCCGCACCGCCAUCGACGCCACCGCCAUCGACGCCACCGCCGACAUCUCCGCCGCCCUCGCCCCCGUCCCCGUCCCGCCCGCCGCCGUGUCCCGCCCGCCGCUGCUGGUGCUGGGGGCGGCGGGGGCGGCCGGCGGGGCGGGCGGUCCCGGCGGGGCGCUGCAGCGGGAGCCGGUGUACAACUGGCAGGCGACGAAGCCGACGGUGCAGGAGCGGUUCGCGUUUCUCUUCAACAACGAGGUGCUCAGCGACGUGCACUUCCUGGUGGGGAAGGGCCGCGGCUCCCAGCGCAUCCCGGCGCACAGGUUCGUGCUGGCCGUGGGCAGCGCCGUCUUCGAUGCGAUGUUUAAUGGUGGGAUGGCCACAACCUCCACAGAGAUUGAGCUGCCUGACGUGGAGCCUGCUGCCUUCCUAGCUUUGCUCAAAUUUCUUUAUUCAGACGAAGUUCAGAUUGGACCAGAGACUGUUAUGACAACACUUUACACAGCUAAGAAAUAUGCAGUUCCAGCCCUUGAAGCUCAUUGUGUGGAGUUUCUUAAAAAAAACCUCCGAGCAGACAAUGCAUUCAUGCUGUUAACUCAGGCCCGGCUGUUUGAUGAGCCCCAGCUGGCCAGCCUGUGYCUGGAGAACAUAGACAAGAACACCUCAGAUGCCAUCAAUGCAGAGGGGUUUACAGACAUUGACCUGGACACCCUGGUGGCAGUGCUGGAGAGGGACACCCUGGGGAUCCGGGAGGUUCGCCUGUUCAAUGCCGUGGUGCGCUGGUCGGAGGCCGAGUGUCAGCGGCAGCAGCUCCAGGUGAUUCCAGAGAACAAGCGGAAGGUUCUGGGCAAAGCUCUCUCCCUUAUCCGCUUCCCACUGAUGACUAUUGAGGAGUUUGCAGCAGGGCCGGCRCAGUCGGGGAUCCUGACGGACCGGGAGGUGGUGAGCCUGUUCCUGCACUUCACCGUGAACCCRAAGCCGCGGGUGGAGUUCAUUGACCGGCCCCGGUGCUGCCUGCGGGGCAAGGAGUGCAGCAUCAGCCGCUUCCAGCAGGUGGAGAGCCGCUGGGGGUACAGUGGGACGAGUGACAGGAUCAGGUUCUCAGUAAACAAAAGGAUAUUUGUAGUUGGGUUUGGAUUAUACGGAUCCAUACACGGGCCAACGGAUUACCAAGUAAAUAUACAGAUCAUCCACACAGACAGCAACACAGUCCUGGGGCAGAACGACACCGGCUUCAGCUGUGACGGAUCGUCCAACACCUUCCGCGUCAUGUUCAAGGAGCCUGUUGAGAUUUUACCCAACGUCAACUACACAGCCUGUGCUACUCUAAAGGGUCCAGAUUCCCACUAUGGAACCAAAGGACUGCGCAAAGUGAUCCAUGAAUCACCAACAACGGGAGCCAAAACCUGCUUUACGUUCUGUUACGCGGCUGGGAACAACAACGGCACCUCCGUGGAGGAUGGACAAAUCCCAGAGAUCAUCUUCUACACAUAGUGCCGCUGCCCAGCCAGCCCCGGACUCGACUCUGCCCCGUCACCUCCCAAACUAAAUCUCUGGCUGAGUUUGACCACACCGAUUGGAGCCACACUAGCCAAAGGUCUCAGUGAAAUCAUUUCAAAGCUCAUGUUCUGCCUUGUGCUAGUGCUGCUGCUGCUCUCAGGUGCCAGGUGAGCUGGUGUCCCAGUGCAGGCCAGCUGGUGUCCCAGUACCAUUCGUAGGUUGUCUGUGGCUUGUUGUUUUUCACCUCCUGAUUAACCCUAUCUAACAACGUGCRUUUUUUGGACUGUAAUGAAUGUAGAUGCUUUUCCACCAGUCAGAARCGAGGCAACGAGUGGCUCUGGGUGUGGUUUCACUUGCCAUGAGGAGAUGAUCCUGCAGACAAACAUGGUCAGGGCUGGGUGGCCCCUGCUGUGCUCCAGCUCAGCAGUCCAGGUCAGACUGCAGGGCUUGGCCAGCCCAUGUCCGGCACCCUCCCUCCCUCCCUCCCUCCCAGCAGCCUCAGCACAUGCAGCCGCCUUCAAGUCAUGGGAAGUGGCCUUUUCCCUGAGGCUUUGCUGUUCAGCACUACACAGGCUUGAGGGACACCUCAAACCUGAGCUCCUGCAGAGGGACCGCGGCGUUUUCCUGCUCUUCUCACCGACCUGUGACAAUCUUCACCUCRGCCAGUUGGUGACAGCGAGGUGACCUCCCUGUGGAGUGGGGAGGGGCAGCAGCCUGGCCGGGCAGGUCCUCCUGCAUUUGAGUCCCCAUGGUGCUGCUUCCAAACCCCUGGCACGUUCUGGGUGCUGGGUGAUGCUSGGCUCAGCCCUGAGCAGCCCCAGCUCUGGCUGUUACUGGUCAUUGUCCUCUGCACAGUGCCAGGGUGUGUCAGUUGAAGCAGAAGGGCACCUGCCUCACCUGUUCCUGGGCAUUCCUGCAGUUUCCAUGCACGUUUCCAUGCGUUUCCCUCUGUUCCUGUGCACUGCUGCCCCRCCCCUGCUGCCCUGAUGGAAGCAG